AUGCCGAAGUAUUAUUGUGAUUACUGCGAUACGUUCCUCACUCAUGACUCGCCGUCUGUACGGAAGACGCACAAUGGUGGACGAAAGCACAAGGAAAAUCGUUGGAUGGAAGAACAAGCACAGAAGCUCGUAGAUGCGACAGCUCGUGCAUUCACUGGCGGUGGAGCGACGAAACCAAUGGGUAAACCGGCGAUGGGAACACCCAUGGGUGCGCCUAUGAUGCCAGCGAUGAUGGGUCGUCCACCUGUGAUGGGUGCUGCAGUGGCCGGUAUGCGGGCCCCGAUGCCACCGUUUGGAUUUCCUGGAACGAUGCCUCCGUUUGGUGUUCCAAUGGGAAUGCCUCCAAUGCGUGGACCCCCGGCACCUUUUCUACCCACUUCUGUGGUCACUCAAGAUGUCAUACGUGACGUUUUUGCGCAGAUUUCCAAUCGAGCGACAGAACCAAGCACAUCGUUGUUCAACGUAUUCGAUGCGUUUUCGUUACCUCGCUUCGUAUUUGACGCUAAUUGUGGAAAAAUGCUACUGGUUAAUGAAAUUCCGAAAGUGAUAUCAUCGGUCGAUAGAGCCACUGAAGCGAGAAGACAUCGAUUUCAGCUUGUUGCUCAGAGGAUCUCGCGAUGUAAGCAGUUACAAAGCAUUAAGUUCACUACGGUUGAAUCUCUUCUCGGGAGUGCUCAUCGGCAGAAUGAUGUCGUCGUAGUUGGCAUGCUAUCUCAACAAAAGAGCCACUGCUAUCACAUUGAAGACCUGACUGGUUCAGUUCAAGUGGGAUUUAACGAGGAAACUCGAUUUCAGCAUGGGAUGUUUACUUUGGGCAGUGUGGCUAUUUUCCAGGGCUCUUACGACUCAACACUGCUUACUGUUCGUGAAGUGGCGUUUGUACCACUGGAGUCAGCGGAGGAAACACGUGUAGUGUUUGGAAAUGUGAAUUGGUUCGGGGGUGAUGAUCCCGUAGCAUUUCGUUGCAAUGCUAAAUUAUGUGUUGCUGAGCGAAGCAAUCCGAACGUUCAAAUCGUAAUUUUAUCGGAUGUUCAUUUAGACAAUUCCAGAGUAAGCGUUGCAGUUUUUUUCCUUUGGUUACCGUAUAACCUUAGUUUACUUGCCAACCAGCUAAACGACUUUGCUUCUUCUUUUGCAUCAACGCAUUUUGUGUUUGUUCCUGGUCCAGAUGAUCCUUGUUUGAAUUUGGUUUUACCGCGACCUCAUUUACCAGGAGUACUGUUUAGUUAUUUCGAACAAAUUCCAAAUUGCAUAUUUGCAACAAAUCCUGUUCGUGUGCAGUAUGCUUGUCAGGAGAUAGUGGUUUUUCGUAACGAUCUCGUUGAGAAGAUGUGCAGACAUGCGGUAAAUGCCGUUGCGUCAGAAAAUAUUACAGAAAGUUUUGUGAAGACGGUUCUGAGCCAGGUUCACCUUUCUCCACUGCCAGCCCACAUUGCUCCAGUUCUUUGGGAAUUUGAUCAUGUGAUGAGCUUAUAUCCGCUCCCUGAUGUGCUUGUUGUAGCAGAUAAAUUCCGAUCUUUUGCUGAAAUACAAGCAGAAACCGUCGUUUGUAAUCCUGGAUCAUUCUCAAAUGGCUCAUUUGGAUUUCACGUUUAUUUACCAUUUGAGCGAAAAAUCGAAGACAGCGCAAUCGAUUUACCUACUUAG